AUGGAUAUUAUCACUUUAAUUUGUUCAUUAAUCAUUCUUGGUGCUGUCUUAGUGCUUGUUCGAUUAUACGCUGCUGGUGGUAUUAAUCAUGCAAAAAGAGAUUUAUCUGGAAAAGUUAUUGUUAUUACUGGUGGAACUCAUGGUAUGGGUAAAGUUAUUGUAGAGCAACUUGCUGAUAGUGGAGCUACUAUUAUUUCAUGUUCAAGAAAUAAUGAAGUUGCCCAGAAAGUAAUUGAAGAAAUUAAAUCAGUACAUAAAAGCUGUAAUAUUAUUCAUGAACACCUUGACUUAUCAGAUUUAGAUUCGGUAAAAGAGUGUGCAGAAAAUAUCUUAAAUAAAUAUCAUGAGAUUGAUAUUUUGAUUAAUAAUGCUGGAGUCAUGAGAGUUCCUUACGGAAAGACUAAACAAGGGUAUGAAACUCAAAUGGGAGUGAAUUAUCUUGGUCAUUUUCUUCUUACACAAAAACUUCUUAAUGCUUUAGAAAAGUGUAACGGAAGAGUUAUAAAUUAUUCUUCUGUUGCAAGUAAAUUAUAUCAUCGUAAAGAGCUUCCAUUUGUUGCAGAAGAAAAAGGAUUCUUUUCAAUGAGAUGGUAUUGCGCAAGCAAGUUAUCUAUGGCCAUUAUGGCUCAAGAACUUGCAAAAAAGAAUGAUAAUAUUAUUGCUGUUUCUCUUCAUCCAGGAUGUGUUAAUACUUCACUAUGGCAAUUUUUCCCAGUAUGGCUUCAAUACCUUUGUUGGCCAAUUCUUCAAGUUGUUUUUAAGACUCCGUUAGAGGGAGCACAAACCUGUCUUCAUUUAAUUCACUCUGAGUCCGUUACAAACGGAGCUUAUUAUGCAGAUUGUAAACCAGCAGAACACAACAAAAUUAUGGACGAUAGUGAAGUAUGCACAAAGCUUUGGAAUGAUUCGGUUGAUGCUACAAAACAAUUUUUAUAA